CGUUUCAGAACUUCUUAUAUAAGUGUGAAAGCGGUCGCCUGCUGAAGAUGAACGCGUCUUGGCUUCGCAGUCCCAUCAAAGCACCGUUGUCGAGAUCACUUGGAAAAGGGUAGCUGUGACCGGAGCGUAGAGCUGCAGGGACCAGCAACAGCAGGUCCUGGGGGUAUCAUGAGUUGCUCGGAUGUGGUGAGGCAUCAGGCGCAAGCGACGCGUCGCCCGUCCCAGGUGAAAUUGCCCGCAGCAUCCGCCGUGUGUUCCACGAGUCCUUGCCCGUUCUCCACACCAGCGUUCACGCCGAGCCAACAGAAUAAAAUAGUUGUAUAUAGCAAGAUGCAAGAAACUCUGGAAGUGACACUUUCUAAUAAGCAAGAGGAAGAGGAGAAAGAUCAGCCUACUGAAAUGGAAUACCUUAAUUCUCGCUGCGUCCUUUUCACCUACUUUCAGGGAGACAUUGGCUCAGUGGUGGAUGAACACUUCUCAAGAGCUUUAACUCAAGCUAACAACUUCAAUUCAGAGGCUGUUCUUUCAAAAACCAAAACAGACUUAUGGAGAGAGAACACAACAAUUGCAAAUCAAAGGAGGAACUUCCCAGCUUCAUUUUGGACUAGUUCUUAUCAAACUCCACCUCCACCAUCUUUAAGUGGAAUUCAUCGUGAUUUUCCCAUUACUAUACCAAGCACCUUUUCAGUAGCAGAUCCUAACAGCUGGCCAGGACAUACGUUGCAUCAGACUGCUCCACCUCCCUCAUCUAACAUGCCAGAGUCUUGGCAUUAUCCUUUAGCAUCCCAGGUGAGCUCUUCAUAUGGACAUAUGCAUGAUGUGUACAUGCAUCAUCAUCAUCCCCAUGUACACAUGCAUCAUCACCAUCAUCCAACUUCACAUCUCGACCCACGGUACAGACCUUUGCCAGUGCCCUCAGUUUGUGGAGGCAAGAUUCCUCCACUACAGUGUGAUGCAACAAAGUCAGAUCCUACUACUGUCAGCUGUGCUACCUCAGCUUGGGCAGGAGCCUUUCAUGGGACAGUUGAUAUUGUGCCAACAUUUGGAUUUGAAACAGCAGGUACCCAACAUCAGGACAAAACUAAGGAGGCUUUAUGGUUUUGAAGUACAAAUGGAACUUGCAAAGAAUCAGCAUUAAGAGUUGCUAUCUUUGAGAAAGGGAUACGGCACACCUUUUCCGUCUCUCUCUCCCCCUCUCCCUCCCUCCCUUCCUCCCUCCCUCUCUCUCUCUUUCUGUCUCUCUCUCCUUCUCUCUGCAUCUUCACAACACCACUAGACAUUCUGCUAAGCAGAUGCUGAGCCAACUGUAUCAUAUGACUCAUCUUUUAUGCCCAGCUGCCUAUUUGUCAACCUCAGGAUUGCUAAGUAGAAAUGAGAUGAGAAGACAAGCGCUGUUCACCAUCCAUCAUUUGUCACCUGAAUCUGCAACAACAUUUUUGAUAUCCAUCUUUUUAUGCCACUAAAUAAGCAUUUAGUUUGGUUGUGUGUUGGCAUCUAAGAUUAAUGCAUAACGAGGACAGGACGUAAUUGAAACUAAUUUUGGGAAUGCAUUUUGGUAGCUUUGUGAAUCCUUUUUGAGGAAUACAGAAAGUUUACAUAAAUAUUUACAGGCUAUUUUAGAAGAGAUUGUUUUUUUUAAAGUGAAAUAAUUUUAAAGUUCUGUUUAAAGAACUUGCUUGUAGGGGUGCACUGUCAGAUGUUUUAAAUGCCUACUUUUAGUUGUUUGUGGAAUUUCAUUGUUAUUUGAUCAAAUAUCUUGUAAUUGUUCACUAUUAGCUACAUAGGUUCAGUCCUACAUAGAUAACAAAUUCUUGAAGGUGUUUUACCUUCUUCUUAACAAUCACACAUAUAUAAAAUAGUUUUCAUAGAUGUAGUAUAGAAACCAUGAGUAUAAGCUUUACUGCUUUUAGUGAAAAAUCUGAAAUAUGGACAAUUGGUUUCAAAAUGUAAUUGGAUGCAGAGUUUUUGACUGAAAAUUUAACUGCAGAGAAAGCUUUGGUCUUACAUUUACACUGACAUUAAUUCCAUUCUUACUGUUGAGCACAAAGUAACUAAUGCUAGCCUAAUUCUUUUCAGCUUCAAUCUAAAUUAAAACACCUAGUCGGUACUUUAGAAGCCACUUUAUAUUGCACUUGUACAUGUCUCUCUCCCCCCCCCCAUUGCAAAUUAUUUGGAAGUUUCCUACUUAUGCUAGCCUUGAAAUGCAUGAUUAGGAAGUACUUUAAGCAAUCUAUGUAGCAUGUACAGUAGACUGGAAAGUACUAGGUGAUGCUGCAAAGAGAUUUGGUGCAAGUACAAAAAUGAAAAUUUAAGCAAAAAAGUCAUCUAGAAAAAGUCUGGCUUUGUUAUUGCUAAUGGCUGACACUGACUUGAUUAGACAUACAGGUAAUCCUUGAGUUAUGAAUGUAAUAGAGCCUGCCAAUUGCAUUUGUAACCCAAGGAUUCAUUAAUUGAAUUACGUUAAAUUAAAUGCAUUCGUUAAUUGAAUGUGCAGGUUGUUAAGUGCACAUGAGGUAUCAGGGGGGAAGACCAUGGGGGACCUAGUGCUGGAACAAGCCACUUGCUUCUGAAUCAAGUCUCUCCCAACUUACUGUGAUAUCUCAUGCUCCCCCCCAUCUUGCCCCCGCAUCUUGCCCCUAGGCACCGGGCUUGUUUGCUAGCCUCCCAGAUCCCAAUUGCUCCUCACUACUCCAUGUCUGAUCCCUAACUUAUUUUUCAAAGAUCUUCAGAUUUCCAGAUCUAUGUGGCAGAAACAGUGACCAUCUUUAGUCAGACACUGGUGAAGCUAUAAUAAUGAGAGAACUAAGAAAAGCAGCUUCGCCAGCUCUGCAAGCCUGAUGACACAAAUAAGGUCUGCACUGAUUGGCUGCUGCUGCCUUUGCGCCCCAAUCCAUGAAACUGCUCACUCAAACCAGCCACCCAGUAACAAGGAAAAGGCAUCUGAGGCACUACCCAGGUCAGAACCAAAUGAGACCUGCAGGGACACUGGCCUCAUGGCAAAAAAGCAAUGGGGCAGGAUGGGGGGAAAAUAGGCAGGGGACAUGUACUACCAUCUCUAUAGUCAGUCAUAAGGAUGAAUGACCACUGUAACAUACGUAACUUCCAGAUUGGAUCAUAAAUACUUUUUUGGGGGGUGGUCAUCGCCAUAAUUUUGAAUCAUCACUAAGUAAACUCUCAUAACUUAAGGAAUACCUGUAUUUAAUAACUCAAUGAACAUUUUGUUGAAUCAACUGUUUAGUUGAAUAUGAAAAAAAGACAUUCAACAACAAUUUCAGUAAGGUCAGAGAGGUUAACAAUAAUAAAUAUGGCAAGCUUACCAUCAAAAUAUUAAACACCAGUAUUUAAUGAAAUUUAUUAAAAUUGUGCUUUGAUUUCUCCAAAGUUACAUUUUAACUAAUUAUGGAUAUUUCUAAUGGAAAUCAUAGAAUGAGGUGUGAUGUACGCAUAAGGGAAAAUGGCUUUUGUGAUUUGGCUUUCU